AAUUGCUCCGAUUAGCGGCAGCGUGUUGCUUGCUAGCAGCUCACUCCCGAAAAUCCUCGGCAUCGACUUCCUGCAGCGAUCAUGCUCUCCCCUCGUGCUAUCCAAUCUGCGCGUGGCGUCGCCACCAAGGCCGCUUCCGGCAAGUGGCUGGCCAGCGUCCCCAUGGGCCCGGCCGACCCCAUCCUGGGUCUGACUGAGCGCUUCAACAAGGACACGGACGCGCGUAAGAUCUCGCUGGGUGUGGGCGCCUACCGUGACGACGACGGCAAACCGUACGUGCUGCCGUCCGUGCUUGAGGCUGAGAAGCGCAUCAUGGCCGCCAACAAGAACAAGGAGUACGCCGGUAUCGCCGGUAUGAAGGACUUCGUGGACCUGUCGCUCGAGUUCGCUUACGGCGAGGACUGCGACGCUCUGAAGGAGGGCCGUAUCACCGGUGUGCAGACCAUCUCCGGCACUGGCGGUGUGCGUCUCGCUGGCGAGUUCUUCCACAAGUUCCUGGGCAAGGACACCCCCGUGUACCUUCCCAACCCGACGUGGGGCAACCACAUCCCCAUCAUGAAGAACGCUGGCAUGGAGGUGCGUCGCUACACGUACUACGAGCCCGCUUCGCGUGGUCUGGACUUCACUGGUCUCAUGAACGACCUCGAGGGCGCCCCCGACGGAUCGGUCUUCCUGCUGCACGCCUGCGCCCACAACCCCACGGGUGUGGACCCCACGAUCGAGCAGUGGAAGGAGAUCGCUGACCUCAUGAAGGCCAAGAAGCACGUGCCCUUCUUCGACUGCGCCUACCAGGGCUUCGCCUCUGGCGAUGCCUCGCGUGACGCUGCUGCCAUUCGCCACUUCGUCAAGGAAGGCCACAACAUCUUCCUGUCGCAAUCGUACGCCAAGAACUUCGGUCUGUACGGUGAGCGUGUGGGCGCUCUGAGCGUCGUCACCGACAGCAAGGAGGAGGCUGAGCGCGUGCAGUCGCAGCUCAAGAUCAUCAUCCGCCCCAUGUACUCGAACCCGCCCAUCCACGGCUCCCUCAUCGUGUCCACGAUCCUGUCUGACGCGCAGCUCAAGAAGCAGUGGUACAGCGAGUGCAAGGGCAUGGCUGACCGCAUUAUCGCGAUGCGUACGGCUCUGCGCUCGGCUAUUGAGAAGAUCGACACCGCUAACGGUGUCGAGUCGAACUGGAACCACAUCACCGACCAGAUCGGCAUGUUCUGCUACACUGGCCUGACGGAGGCCCAGGUGGCCCGCAUGAUGGAGGAGCACCAUAUCUAUUUGACCAAGGACGGCCGCGUCAGCAUGGCUGGUGUCACGUCCAAGAACGUCGAGUACAUCGCCAAGGCGAUCACCGAAGUCGUGCAGAACGCUUAAGCGGUGUGUGUCCUAACCAGGAGCCUCAUUCAUAGCGAAAAACUGUCGCUGGAGCGCACGAUAGUUGCAGUGGCAAUGAGUUGUAGUAAAAAUCACAACCAAGCGAACACGACCUAAACGGUUUGAAUCACCCACUCAAUUGUCAAACUGUUUGCCUUAGUCAGUACGCUUGAUUGUUUAUCAGACUGCCUACCAACAUGAACAAAUUUCGCUUAAAGCUGACAAUCUUCCGUGUUUGAAGUCGACUCAGACGUAGCUGGCGAUGAGAUGCUGUCGCUCUCUUUGGCUUGGAGGAACUCGGACUUCCUAACGAAGCGUCCUUUGAUGCGAGGACAAGAGUUGGCGAGACGCUUGCGGCAGUCGUAUUUGAUGCGCUUGUGGUACACUCGAAGCUUUCGCUUCUCGUGGAAGCGCUUUAGUCGCUCGCGGCGCUCGGCAGGCGAAUAGAUACCAAUCUUUCGCUUUGGUGGCUCGUACUGAGGUUGAAAUUGCUGACGCAGUUGCAUACCAAUUUGGUGGUGAACGGGGAGAUAUAUGUUGGCUCCGUUGAACCCCAGAGACGUCGAAGGAUGCAUCGGACUCAACAAUCUUUGCUGCAUCCUAUGGAAACUUUCUGGGUGACCACAGUACCAGCGUGAGUCAAUGGUUGACGCACUC